AUGAAGGUCGCGUCGACAGUGGCAGUGGCUACAGCUGCGCUCUUGAAAGCGUCGGGAGCUACCGACAUUGACGCUGGAUUCGCGCAGGAUGGAGCGACGACGUACUGCAUGGGCGUCAACGGGCCCGUGGGUGUCCUCACGUUCGACUUGCUGGAAGUCUCAAGUGCUGGCCGCUGUCCCGUGGGUGUCACGCUCACGUUUUCGGGCUCCGAGUUCCACGUGAACGAACCACUGACAGUCAAAUGGGCGGCCAAAGCACAGGCCAAUGUGGCCAACAGUAUUUUCCCCAAUGCUAUUGACCCCGUCACGAAACUCCCUGGAGCGGUGACGACUUCGGCGUUGUUCGCCUGUACGGCGGGAACUAAUUGUGCCACGAACGUAGGCGGGACCCCAACAGGAGCUGACGGCACAAAAGCUGGACCCUUUGCCCCGGACGGUCUACUGGCACUGGAGACCAACACGUUGACGCUUUCUGCAGCUGGUGACUAUGUUAUUGUGGGUCUUGUUGCCCUCCCGGGUGACCCCUCGCUCAAUAUUGCGGCAACAGAGUAUGUCGUCUUUAAGAAGAUCAGCGUCGUGGAAGCCACGUCGUCCUCGAUGACAUCCAAUUCAGGUAGCGUAGCAACUUCUGCUUCGGGUAGCGACUCGGCUUCGGAACCUACUGGGUCGCCUCGUACUUCUCCACCUGUUGCAACCUCUCCGCCGCUAACUUUGGCCCCUUCGUCUUCUUUAGGUUUUUCCAAUGUGACGUCGCCUGCAACGAACCGCUCGUUGAACACGACGGGCUCAGAUGUUUCGAAAAAGGGAUGGCAGUCGGACGUUCACGGACAUCAAGAGACCGAUUCUGGUACGAAGAAGACGGCCGAGUCCCCGAAUUCUGGUGGUCCGAACGAAGGCACCAACCAGACGGGCGACAAGGAGACAGAAUCGUCGGGACUAACCGAGUCAGCGUCAACGUCCAAAGGCGGUGGCGUCUUUGGUAAAAGCGGCAUUGCGAUUAUUGGUGUGAUCGUGGCUAUCUGUGCUGCGGUUCUCAUCGCGUUCAUCUUCAUGAUCCGUCGCCGCAAGCAACAGCGUGCAAAUGCGAACAAGGCGUUUGACCUGGACUCGCCCUGUGUGGUGAGUGAAAUGAACGACAGCAUUCCUAAUAGCAAGACUGGUGGUAAUAUCGACCUGACGUAUGCCGCAAACGUCUCGGCUCGCAAUACCGACAGCAAGGCAAAUGACAACAUGAUGAGCGACAACGUGGCUGCAUUCGAGAAUGGGUCGAAGGCCAGCUCGAUUGCCGGUGGUUCAAUGCAUUCGCUUCCUAAGAGCAGCUUGGACACUGAUAAGUACUCGGAAGACAUUUGCUAUGGUAUUGCGGGAUCAGCAGGACACCCGAACGAGGCUGAAAUCGAUGCUUACCGCAUGAGUAACACAUCGGGAGUUUCCUCGUACGUCAGCGUCGCCCGGAGCGACGCGUCUAUGUCUCACUUUGGUGACUCACUGGUAUCGGCGAGUCAGAAAAAGUAUUUGCAGCCUGGUGAUUGGAAUGACUCGAUGUCGUCCCAAAUGGACUCCCCCUCGCAAUCGACGGAGCAAGCUGAAACGAUGACUCGCGGAGUUGGUGGUAUCGGUGGUUCUAGCAUGACGAGCAUGUCAUCAGUGGACAACGCUUCAAGCGCCACGGGAUCAAGAGAGCACGAUUCGAUGGUAGGAUCGCACUUCAACGACGAAUUACGCUCGACCACUGGUUAUCGGGAAACGGAAGACUCGCGUGCAAGUGAGGAUUCUCGCGCCACGGGCUUCUUAGAAGCAAUGGGCGAAUCUCGACUACAGAGCGAGGUGUCAGUCGACUCGUACGGUUUCCGAGCAUCGUGUUCGAGCACAGACUCGUACAGCUCCGGCAUGUCUUCCUACAGUCGAGGGAGCUCUCGUAUCAGCGGCUGUAGCGUCGAUUCAAACCUGGACAGCUCCAACAGCUUUAGCAAGUACUAG